GUUAUAAAAAUAUUUUUUGUCCGUCAAAAAAAUUAAUUAAAUAUGUUUCUGGAAUCAUUACACAAAUAUUUAGAUAUCGUGGCAGGAUAUAUAUUCGAUGAGGAUAAAGUGGUAACGUAUAAAUGGUUAAGUAAAGAAUUGGAAGUUCAUGUUAAUAUUUCAAAACAAAUUUUAUGGGAAUUUUGGCACAAAUAUAAAGAGGAGAAAGAUUUUGAUUGUACUUUUUUAUUAAUGGGGAUUUUGCAUGAUAAUGGUAUGCGUAUUGAAGUCGUAAGAAGUAAAGAUCUAUUAACAGCAAAAGAAAAAUAUAGUAAAAUUAUUUGCAAGCAUAUUUAUAGCCUUCAAAAAGUAUUACCUGAAAUACAGAUACUUGGAAAUGUUGAAAAUGGAGAUAUUAAAUUCAGUGCAAUUAAAUGUAUUGAGAACAAUGAACGUAGUGACGAAGAAAUGCAUAUAUUUCGUUGGAAUGCUAGGUCAAAUGAAAAUAAACCUGUACUUGAAGAAAAGGUACAGUCAAUAUCUAAGACAAAUAAAGUAGAAAAAGAAAACAGUUCAGAAGAAAAACAAAUUGUUAAAAAGAAAAAUGCUGAAAGAAAAGGUUUUGAUAAUUUGUUUGGGAAAGCCAGUAACAAACAAAAGGAUCCAUCUGUGCCACCUAGUUCAGAAAAAAUGGAAGUGGUUUCUUUUGAUCAAACAAAACAACCAUCUAAAGAUGUUACUCUUAAGUUUUCAAAGAGCAUUAAACAAAAAGAUGGACUUAGCAACUUCCUUCAACCAAGCAAGAAUCAAACAAAAAUUGUAGAAACUGUGGAUGAGGAUAAAAUUUCAAGUUCCAUAGAAAAGAAAAUUACAGAGAAAACAACUACUUUAAAAAAUAAUGAUAAACAAAAAAAGACUGUACGCGGUAAAAAACGUACUAGAAGCAAGGAGACUAAUAACACUGUAAAGAAGCGAAAACGUAUUACAAUUUGUAGUGAUUCUAGUGGUACAGAAUUGUCUGAUAAGGAACAAGAACAAGAAUUAGAACUACCACCUUCACCUGAGAAUUCUUCUUUUAUAAGGAAACGUUCUGUUUCUCCACCACAAGUCAAACAUGAAAAUGGAAAACGUAAGAUUUUAAAAAUAGUAGAUAAAACAUUUGAAGAAGAUGGUUUUCUUGUAACAAAAAAAGUACAUGUUUAUAAAAGUUGUUCUGAAGAUGAAUCAGAAACCAUAGAAGCAAAGGAACCUAUAGUACCUGAAUCACGUUCAGAAGUCAAAGGAAAGAAAAACUCAAAACAGACAUCUCUAACAAGUUUUUUUAAAAAAUUAUAGCAUAUUUCAUUGCUUAG